AUGCAGGACGACACCUCCCCUCCAUUGAUGUGCGUAGAUAACGAAACUCUGCUGCGGGACGUCCACCGCCUCCUCUUAGAUACCAGCUACACCACGGCGGAGCUGCUGGAGAAGUUGGGCGACAGCACGCCCCUCCAAGCACUUCGGACGCCCCACUCGGCAAGACGCGUGACAAUAUCUGAGGAAGUGAUUGUCUUCAAUGACCACAAGCUGGAGUUACUCCAGCUGCCGCCUGCGCUGUCGCUUUUGUACUACGCGGCUGUUGCAGAGGCGCCCACGCGUGUGGUGCCCAAUCUGCUGCACAUACUGGAGGUCCUUGGUGAGCCCGAAGCUCCACGGGCCCGUGGCAACAUCCUCUACGAGGAGGGAAUGCGCAAGCGGGAGGAGACCGCCAAGUGGCGGAGCGAGCAGCUUAAAGCAACAGAGGAUAAGGAGCUCAAAGCGUGCACCUUCAAGCCAGAGAUAUCGGAUUCUGCCAAACAAUUGGCGCCCAAGGGUCUCCAGACGUUUAUGGAGAAGUGUAUGGAGUGGAAAAAGGCGGCAGCUAUGCGCCUACAGAAGAAAGCAGCACAGGACCGCAUCAACCGUGGUGAGGAUGAGUGGAUGGCGCCUUGGAAUAUGAGUGACCACAGUCGAAAGCUGCUGGAACAGUCGGAGCAGAGGGGGAAGAAGUGGAGCAAGCUGUGGGAGUCGAUAAGUCCACGCGGUGCCAUCUCUCCCGACCUAUCGACGAAACCAGGCACAGGAGCAGCAAGAAGAGGAACAGGAGGGGGCGGAGGAGGAGCUGGAAGGUUAGGGUUUGGUGCCGCUGCGCUUCAUGAUGAGGUGAAUGAAUUGGAGACGCUAUCGUUUCACCCCGUGACAGGUGCGAAGAUUGGGGAUUCACUCGCGGCGCUGCAGCACUACGGUGAGGGCGAAGUGUUGGACGCCACGCAGGUUACAGAGAAGAGCGACCGGAGCAGUAAAAGUUUGGUGGAGGCAUACCUGCAGCGGGUGGAGUCCGAUAAGGAGCGUCGCAAGGAACGGCUAGAGAAGCUGCGCGCGUACUACGCCCAAAAGGCGAAGGAACAGCUGUACGAGAAAACCACAGGCCAGCCGCUGUUCGAGCCCAACGCGCUGCCGACGGUUAUGAAGAACGGUACCCGCGUCAGUUUCAAGGACCUCAGCCGGGAGGAGCAGCAGGAGCUGGCGGCGUUGCUGCGGGUGCGGCGGCAGGAGUAUGUGCUCACGCGGUACCUGCGCGCGCAACGCGAGGCGCAGCAGGGGAGGCCGCAGCGCCGCACAUCCGACGAAAUCGUAGUCGAGCUGCUGCGCCCCAGCCUGGAU